UUGGCUGCUCUGUGGGGACACUGCUGCUCGUUCAUUCGGAUCUGAAUCUUUCCUAAGUGCUGUUCAGGUCUUCCGAUGAGUGGAAGCUCUCAGUAUGAAGACGGCCGUGGAUCUCCACCGUGCUGCCUCGGUGUUAGCUUGCUGCAUUCUGAUCCUCAUGGCCGGCGCCUUCGCUCAAGGAAUUGAAUGCAAACAUGGCUGUCAUUCAGUAAAUGGAUUCUGUGAAACUACUGGUGAAUGCAGGUGUAAGUCUGGCUGGCAGGGAGAGCUUUGCGAUCAAUGCAUUCCUUUUCCUGGCUGUUUACAUGGAGACUGCACGAAACCUUGGGAAUGUGCAUGUGAGGAAGGCUGGACAGGCAGCCUCUGUGACACAGCAUCCAACAGCUGCUCACCUGUACAGCCCUGUGCUAAUAAUUCUACAUGUAUAGAGAGUGAAGAUGGUGGCUUCAUAUGUAUCUGUGGACAGGGGUUUAUAGGAACCCAUUGUCAAUUUCGGAAAGGGUCUUGCCACAACAAACGGCCACGUUGUCAGAAUGGAGGAAGCUGUUUUGAUGAUAACAAAGCUUAUUGCUUUUGUUUGCCUGGUUUUACUGGUGACUUCUGUGAAAUAAACAUCGAUAACUGUCACCCAAACCCUUGUGCCAACAAUGGAACCUGCACAGAUCAGUUUUCUGGAUUCAGCUGUACUUGCCCUAAUGGAUUCACUGGCAAAUUCUGUGAUUAUUCAGUCAUAUCUUGCCUUAGCCAUCCAUGUCAAAAUGGAGGCACUUGCCAUGACCAUCUUGGAGGAGGAUUUUAUUGUGAUUGCCUGCCUGAAUAUGAGGGAGAAACUUGCCAAACACAAACAUUUAAUCAUGACACAAAGCACAAUGUUUCUAAGCAUACAGUAACACGUUGGAUUAGACAUGGCAAACCCCUCCAACGACCAUUGCAUAUCUCUCAUAAGUCAACACAUCAACAAGGUAAUGGGAUGUUGACAAUCACAGUCAAAGAAACCAUUCACAAAUCCAACUCACUGCUCAGUAGUAGUCAGAUGAUGUGUUUUACUGUGCUUGGAUUAUUGACAUGUCUUGUGAUCCUAGGGACGACAGGGAUUAUUUUCUUCUACAAGUGUGAAAUAUGGCUGGCUAAUGUUAAGUAUCGUCAUCUCCUCUGGAAACAGAGGAAACGUCUCCAAGAUAAAGAUGAAGACUUUUCAGUCAAAAUUAUCUUUCCAAGUGUGAAUCAAUUGACAAACUAUGGAAAAAACUAUACAUCUAUCUGA